UAUUGUCGUCAUCGGCUGUGCGAUGAAAAAUAGCAAAUUUUUAGUCAGAUAGGGUGUCGAGACUGAGAUAUUGACGUCGAGGCACAAUAUUAAUAGGUGUAAUGUUUUAUGGUUGAGAAAUGCUCGUUUAAACAUGGUUAUUUAAAACACUCAUAAGAAGAUAUAACCACAGCGUUCCAAUGACUUAAAGGACAGUGACAGUGCCAGCAAGAUGGACGUUUCCCAUAUAGCACUGCUGCUCCUGAUCCUGGUGUGCAUGGUCUCUCACUCCGCUCUUAUUAACUUCUGCUGUGGGAAAACGUACCCCGAGUCCCCAGUGUUGGAACUGGGCCAGUCGUUCACCGCCACCUGCGUCUUGUCUGAGGACGGGAUGAGAGAGACAGGAGCCACCGCCAAGGACAUAUUCUGGGUGUUUAGGAACACGCGGGUGCCCGAGGAGCUCUACACCAGAAUCAAUGACUCCGCCGUCAGCGUGACCGUCAACGUCACCAGGGAGCUGGAGAACCCUCUGAAGUGCAGCGUCUUAGCCCGCUUUCCCUCACACACGCGCGAAGUUAGGAAUGUGCACGGCUUGUUUUUCGCUGUAGGGUAUCCCCCUGAAAAGCCAGACAAUUUGUCAUGCGUCGUGCUUCAGUCUGGCAAGGGUCUUUCCUGCACCAUGACCUGCUUUUGGAAUCCUGGGGAGAGAGACCCCAUUCUCAACACCACAUACACACUGCUUGUCAAUACUACUGUGAAUGGAGAGAAAUACAGAGCUGCAGCCAGGAGAGACAGGGGGUCUGUAGUCUUCGGUGUCUACCCUAUGUUCACGGUGCUGAAUAUAAGCGUGGAGGUGGAGAACCCACUGGGGAAGGUCCGAUCGGAUGUGCUGAUCCUGGAUUCGGAAGACAUCGUGAAAACCGACCCCCCGAAGGUGAAAGUGGUCUCUGAGGUGGGGUUUCCCACAUCUCUGAUUGUGCGUUGGGAACACCCCAUUGACGAGGUCUACAUCACCCUCAAGUACAACAUCCGCUACUGCCCAGCUGGGGCCCACAUGUGGUCGCAGGUCCCUCCUAGUGAUUUGGUAGGCGGCAUAAAGUCUUUUAGACUGCAGUACCUGGAGCCCUACACAGACUACGUGGUGCAGGUGCGGUGCAUGCAGGAGGAAGGCCACGGCUACUGGAGCGAGUGGAGCCGGAAUGUCAGCACGCGCAUGCCGGAAUCCGAACCCUCCAGUCCACCUGACUUAUGGAGAAUCAUCACCUGGUCAGAAGGCAGCCCCGAGAGGCGUGUGAGGCUGAUCUGGAAGCGCCCUGUUCAUUCCAAUGGCAGAAUACUGGGGUAUAACCUCACCAUACGAACAGGAAACAGAUCUGAACACGUGGCACUCAGUUCCAGCGCUGCAGAGUAUGUGCUUGAGAAAGUGAAGCAUGCCAUUCUCGUGGAGCUGACGGCGUAUAAUUCGGAAGGAUCAUCCCCACGUGCCCAACUCAGAGUCCCUCGAGCAAAUCAAGAGCCUUCCUCGGUGAAGACGGUGACGAGGCAGCCCCUGGACGAGGGCCUCUGGGUGGGGUGGGAGUACGCGCCCCCUAGCCCCGCAGAGUUUGUGCUGGACUGGGUUUCAGUCAGCAACGGGACCGUUGACUGGAAGAGAGUGCCAGGGUCCAGCAAUUACACCGUACUCACAGGCGCCUUGCAGCCGCUUGAGCGUUACAACAUAUCCGUGUCCCCAGUGUGGCAGGGGACGCCAGGGAGGACCGUGUCCACGCAGGCCUACCUCAGACAAGGACGUCCGUCGGAGGGGCCCUCCGUGAAGCUGAAGCAGAGCGGGAAGACCGAAGUGCAGCUGGUGUGGGAGGAGCCUCCUCUGGUCAGUCUGAACGGCUUCAUCACCAACUACACCGUAUUCUGCAGGACUGAAGAUGUGGUAAAAUCUGUAGUUCUUCCUCCUUCUGACCGGUCAUACACACUGAAAGGACUGUCCGGCAGCACUAAGUAUGUGGUGCAUGUGAUGGUAUCCACGGUGGCUGGGUCCAAGAGUGGCUUAGAGUUCACCUUCAGGACUCUCAAGUACGCAUCGGGGGAAAUUGAACUGAUUGUGGUGCUCGUGUGCUUGGGUUUCCUGUUCUUCACUGUGCUGACAGUGCUGCUCGGCAUUAACAAGAAGGAAAUGAUCAAGAAACACAUCUGGCCCCAGGUUCCAGACCCCUCCAACAGCACCAUCGCCAACUGGUCCCCCGACUAUCCAUCCAGGCCUGAAACUCCCAAGGAGGGCAGCCUGACGGACGUGAGCGUGGUGGAGGUGGACGUGUUUGAGAAGAAGUCCCUGGGCGAGGAGGACAAGACGUCCCUGCCCCUGAAGAAGGACAAGUACCUGUCGGAGGAGCACAGCAGCGGCAUCGGGGGCUCCUCCUGCAUGUCCUCCCCCCGGCAGAGCGUGUCGGACAGCGACGAGGGCGACUCGGGCCAGACCACCGCCAGCACCGUGCAGUACUCCUCGGUGGUGGCCAGCGGCUACAAGGGCCAGACCCCCGGCCAGCCGCCCCCGCCCGUCUUCGCCCGCUCCGAGUCCACCCAGCCCCUCCUGGGCAGCGAGGAGCACCAGGACGAGCCCUGCCAGGCCCACAGCUAUCCCAGAAACCCCUACUUCAAGAGGCCCCGCGCGGCGGACGAGGGCGCCACCCCGCCCCUGAACCUGCGCCAGAUCGAGAUCCCGGAGCACGGCUCCGGCUCUCUGGGCUUCUGCUCCGCGGAGGAGGGGUCUCAGCAGAGCACGCCCACCGCAGAGGCGGGCCACGCUGAGGGACCCGCAGGCUCCGCCCCCUCCUACAUGCCGCAGCGGACCGGGUACAGGCCGCAGCGAGGAGGCCCUCAAGCCGUGACCGCUGAGCAACUCUCUCGAGAUUAUUAGACUUCUUUGUCAAUAAUCCCACAGUGCCUAUGUUUUGGGGGUGUACCCCAUUCACAUGCCCCUGAAUUUGCAAAUAAUUCUGUGUCAUUUCAGGAACAACGGUUAGCCCUCACCCUUUUGACAAAAUACUGACAAAUAUAAAAACGGGUAGUUAAAGAAUAUCUACAAACAGUCCCCAAAUGCACUUCUAAUCUGUAUAAUCCGUAGAUCAAGGUAACCUGUUGUUCAGAAAUAUUAUUACGUAGUAUAUAUGUAAUGUUUACGAACUGUAUUAACAGAUGUCGUGUGUAUGUAAUGUCCCGAUAUGUUUCAGCCUUAAUGAAAUGUGUGAACAUGCGUGCGUGCAUGGCCACUAUGAUGAUAAAUGUUUUUAUGUAAUAGUUACACUUAUAAUAACUUGUGUGUACACCUGAGUGUAACCGAAACUAUAGUUCUUUAAGAGAUAAGUCAGAGUAGUAUUUCAUUUGACAAUGCCUAUGUACAGUAUUGUUUGGCUUGAAUGAGCAGAGCUACGCUCAUCAUGUUGUUGUACUGAAGUGAACCCCAUCUGGGCUCACUGGUUGUGGUCCUGUCAGUGUGCUUGAGGGGACGGGGGUCAGUAACAGUGCUUAUAAUCUGUAAUUAAUGUCCAGUAACUCAUUUCAUAAUGGAAUGUGAAUGAGCUUG